GCGAUCUGAUAAGAGGACGACUGUCGCUGGCCCUCGAAGCGACGUUCACUUGACGGCGGAGGAGCUGGCUCAAUCCGUGGAGAUCCACUGGGCGCACAGAGGGACAUCAUGAAAGGAAGCGUCCACGAUCCCGCUGGUGCCCUGGCUCGGCGAUCCCUACUACUGGCCCUUCUCUGCAUUGUUCCGCCGCUGGCUGUGAAUGGCUUUCAGCUCGACGGGCCGCCGGACACGCAGGGGCUGCCGGCUACCGAGGAGGAGGCCCUAGGACGUGCGCGCUCCUGGCUCAAGGCGCACCCGUGCCACCAGUACAGGGUCCCGGCGGGCCCCGGUGAGGCGCACCAGCGGACUCUGGCGCUGGCGCUGGUCGAUCCGGCUUUCUUCGACCGCUGCUCCACGGAGGCCCUGCUGCACGUGCGCGAGUUGCAGCACCAGCUGCUCGUCCAGCUCCCCACGACGGCGGAGAAGGGACAGCUGGCUUUGCACGUUCUGGCGCUGUCCGCAUCCUGCCAGCCCAUCCGGGACCCGACAGGCCGCAAUCUGGCCGUGCUGCUGCGGAAGAAGUCGACCGACCCGGUUCCGCGCAACCGCUUCUCAGAGGCCCUCCAGCUGCUGGCCCUCUGCUCGCUAGGAGACCGUGGCCGGAAGCUUACCGACAAAGCCAUGGCGAACGUCCAAGAGCUGGCCUCCGAAAGCCCAGCUGCUGUCAUGGACUCCCUUGCCGUUAAUGUCCUAGCCAUGGCUUGUUUGACCGACAACCAACUUGGAAGUCGCUCGGCAGCUGUCCACGAUGCGCUCAGACCUGUGGCUCAGCUGCAGCAGCGAGACGGAAGCUUUGGGAACGUGCACACCACGGGCCUUGUGACCCAGGCUCUCGUUGCCGUCGACCCAGAGACCCAGCAUCUGCGUUGGCGCCGGCAGGACGCCCUGAACUUCCUCCGGCGCUCGCAGCACAGGGACGGUCACUUCGGCGGCCUUCUAGCCACCGCCCAGGCUGCGCCACUGCUGGCCGGAAGGACGCUCGCUGAUCUCGCUUCGCACGCUCGGCUAUUCUGCUCCACGGAGGACAAUGCUUCGGCAUCGGCGCUGUUAGAACCAGGAGAAGUUAGCGUGUGGUAUUCACUCUGGGUCGGAGACGACGCCACAAAUCGGUCGAGCACCACAGUGUGGGUUCACCGGAACGCCACAGUGUUUGACGUCAUGAAGGCUGCAGCAAGAAAGGACACCCGAUUCAGGUUCGAAUAUGACACGGCCAGCAGCCUCGGUCCGUACGUGAUCUCCCUGUCCGGAGUGCUGCGCGACGUGGAGACGGGCCACUUUUGGCUGGCACACACUAUGAACUUCGCCACGGGGCUCGUAACGCCGUUGUCCGUCGGAAUCGGGACUCACGUUGUAAAAGACUCCGAUCACGUGAUUAUGUGGUACAAACAUGUAGUUUAUUGAAAAGCGUUCUAAUAAAAUCUAAUUCU